AGCCCAGAAGGAACGAGAUUUGCCGAAAAGAGAGGGGGAGGGAGAACCUUUGGGUUGUCUAAAGAAUUGGGAGGCACGGGGCAGGGCAGGGCUGCAGAGGGAGUGACCGCAUGGCCCAGAUUAUUGGCGCAUUGCCCUGCUUUGGAUCCCCAGUCACAGUGCCUCGGACGAGGUUAAUUAGAAUACUAACUGGGUCCGCCCAGAAGCCUUCACCUUGCCCUCCUGACCCUGGGGCCAAGCCCGAGAAGGGUCCCGAGUCGAAGGCCGGAGCAAACUGGGGCCGUAGUCACUUCGUCGCCCGAGUCUCCGGGACCGCUCCAGGGGCAGAGCCAGGCCAGGGCUGCCCGCCCAGCCUGGCCCGCCGCCUCCAAAGCCGUAGAAGCCGCGGGCAACUCUGAGGCUGCGGGGACAGGUGGGCCUUGCCCCCUUUUCUCUCGCAGGUCCUAGACGGACGAAGAGUGUCUAUGAGGAGAGGAGCUGUGCCUCGGAACUUUUCUCGGCAUCCAGAGAACUGCUAUAUACGCAGCAGGCGCUCACUUAACGGCAAGUACAUCGCCUCAACACAGCGACCUGACGGGACCUGGCGAAAGCAACGGAGGGUGAAAGAAGGCUAUGUGCCCCAGGAGGAGGUCCCAGUGUAUGAGAACAAAUAUGUGAAAUUUUUCAAGAGUAAACCAGAACUGCCCCCCGGGCUGAGCCCUGAGGCCACCACUCCGGUCACCGCAUCCAGGCCUGAAGGUGGUGAGCCAGGCCUCUCCAAGACAGCCAAACGCAACCUGAAGCGGAAGGAGAAGAGGCGGCAGCAGCAGGAGAAAGGGGAGGCGGAGACCUUGAGCCGGACUCUCGAGAAGGUGACCCUGGGAGAGACAGCCCAAGCCCCCAGUGCUCCACAGGUCUCCCGAGCAGUGCCUACAGCUGCCUCAGACCAGCCCGACUCAGCUGCCACCACCGAGAAGGCCAAGAAGAUAAAGAACCUGAAGAAGAAGCUUCGGCAGGUGGAAGAGUUGCAGCAGCGGAUCCAGGCUGGGGAAAUCAGCCAGCCUAGCAAAGAGCAGCUGGAGAAGCUGGCGAGGAGGAGGGCGUUGGAGGAGGAGCUAGAGGACUUGGAGCUGGGCCUGUGAGGCCCUUGGGGAACAGGGGAUGGACUGCAAACAAACCAUGGGGCUCUCUGGGGUCCUGGGGAAGGUGGGCAGCAGCAGUCAGGAGGGGGAGCGCCGUACUGGCUCACUUCCACCUCUCAUGGCCCAACUCCGUCCUCCAGAGCCUAGCAUCUCCCUCAUUCCUUCCCUUGUCUUCCCAACUCCUAUUUUUUUGGACUUUUCCCUCUCCUAUUCCCAGUGUUUAAAAUCUCAGUGACUACCCCAGGUACCUUUGCUGCUGAUUUGGGUGUCUUGUUUAAAAGAAAAUUGGGCGGGUGGGAAUCUCUUGGAGAACGGAGGUUGAGGGUAGGGGGAGUACGCCCAAGUCUUGGAGUCUUGGUUCCUGUUCACAGUGUUUAUGGGAUAUUUCCUCCUCCAUCCCUCACCUCUUUUUUUCUCUUUUUUCUUUCUUUUUUUUUAAAGAACAGAAUAAACUCAAGUAGACAACA